GCUGGCGCAGGGGUCUGAGCAGGUGUUCUUGCCACCGAUGGUCCUGGUGCUUGUUCAUGGGAAGGUCGUUGGGCCGCCACCUGUUCCAGGUAGGUGACGGGGCCUGAUACAAAGCCCAAUUUCUCAACUUGUGCUGAAGUGCUGCUAAUUCCAUCCUUGCUCUGGUAAGUUCCGUAGAAUCUAUGAAUCCCAUUCGGCGGCGGACAAGCGUGGCCGAGUCCGCAGCCACGGCUGAGUCCAAGAUCCCGGCGCGGACGCGUCCGCACGACCGUGCGACUUCGCGGACGCGUGGCGAUCCCGAUGGAGGAAGAGGAGGGGGAGGGCGAGGAGGAGGAGGAGGAGGACGAGGAGGAGGUCCCGAUGCAGGAGGAGGAGGAGGAGGAGGAGGAGGGCGUCCCGAUGGAGGAGGAGGAGGAGGAGGAGGUGGUGGUGGCGAAGGAGGAGGAGGAGGAGGAGGGGGAGGAGGAGGAGGAGGAGGAGGAGGAGGAGGAGGAGGAGGAGGAGGACGAGGAGGAGGAGGAGGAGGAGGAGGUCCCGAUGGAGGAGGUCCCGAUGGAGGAGGAGGAGGAGGAGGUCCCGAUGGAGGAGGACGAGGAGGAGGUCCCGAUGGAGGAGGAGGAGGAGGAGGAGGAGGAGGGGGAGGCCGUCCCGAUGGAGGGGGAGGAGGAAGAGGAGGAGGAGGACGAGGAGGUCCCGAUGGAGGAGGACGAGGAGGAGGUCCCGACCUGUCUCUUAUACACAUCUAGAUGUGUAUAAGAGACAGGUCCUUUUGAUCAUUCGACUCAUGAUUUUGACUAGUUUCAGCUUGAUCCUGCGAGGAUCAUUUUCUGUUAUCACUGAUAACACGUCGGUUGGUUGAUCGCCGACUUAUCGGCUCACGACACAACUUUGCUUACACCUGUACAUCAACUUGAUUAUCUUAACCCUGUGAUUUGAUAUGUUUCUUUGAGGGUUUUAAUCAAACUUUUUUUAAAUG